AACGGUUCCAGUCGAGCUUCACGGUUUUCCUCCCCAGUCCAGACACAAUGCGCUUCUCUACGUCCACCAUUGUCCUGGCAUUGCCUCUGUUGGCAGCGGCCGAAAGUCCCCUCGAUCAGUACAAGGCCAAGUUUCAAAACUUCCUCGGAAGCUUCGCUGGUACUGCUGGUGGCGCUGCCGUUCCCCAGGCCGACGAGGUUCCUCAGCAGAAACCCAUUGUUUCCGACACCGAGUCUGCCACCAGCAGCUCAGUAGAGCCCAAGCACAUUGAGCGCCUCACGCUCGCGAACUGGAAGGAUACCUUGUACGCGCCCGUCCAGCCCGAGGCCACUACCCCCGAGGAGUGGUGGGUUUUGGUUACUGGUGGUAACAAGACGUGCUUUGGCCGCUGCGGACCCGUCGAAAAGGCCUUUGGCGAGACGGUGGAGAAGUUCUCGACUAUCCCCAACUCCCCCCAUGUAGCCGUUCUCGAUUGUGAAGAGGAGCCUGUCCUCUGCAAUGUCUGGUCCGCUGGCGCUUCGUCCCUCUGGGUCUUCGAUAUUCUCCCCCCGCCCGCCGCCGUCGAUGUUUACUGGAAGCGCCUAAACUUCACCACCAUCACGGCGGCCGAUCUGCUCGAGACAUUCGAUAAGGAAACCACGGAGGGCAAGGAGGCCGCUGGCUUUCAACUCGUCGAAGGCGCGCUCCACCCCUUCGAUGGUACCCUUGCCCGGUAUAACCUGGCCGUCCCCAUUGCUUACGCCCUCCACUACUUGAGCAUCAUCCCCUCGUGGGCCAUGAUGCUCUUUGUAUCCUUCUUCAGCAGGACGAUGAUGAACCGCAGCGUGGGUGGCGCGCAGAACCGCCGUGCGAACCCUGCUCGUGGUGCCGCUCCCGGUGAUGGCCGUUCUUAGUUGAGACUGUUUAAACUCGUCGUUCAAGUGAUGUGCUCUACACGUAUCGUUGUCGCUCUUUUGAUGGAUAUGAAGGAAAUGGCCGUCCAUGGCGUGGUUACACAGCCCAAGGGUGUCUUUCCAAAAUUUAUGCAAGUCUCACAGAUUAUGGACCUUUGCUGGAAUUUACUUUGAAAUGUCGACGUGAGGGAGUUGGAGGAGAUACCGUCGAUUUAGUUAUCAUAGCGUCCAGUACGCGGAUGAUGAAGGAAUGGCGUUGAAUGACGGCUGGGUUGGGAGACGGCUGUUGAUUGUUGGGUAACGCGUUCGGAUGUUUCAAACGAUUGGGGAAAGAAAAGGGAGGGCGCAGGAACAAGCGGGAUUUUUGAAGAUCGGGGUCACCAUGAUGGCUCGGAUUAAGCGACACCAUAUCACCAAUAUGAUUAAUUUUUGGAUUUACAAGUGUCU